CGUGCGUUACGGUUCUGUGCCGGCGACAAUUCCGAAUUUUGUUCUCAGGUAUCGGUCAAUUUAGGGCGGAAGGUAAAGUUUAUUAGAGUAUUUAUGGCAGGCAUAUGAACUCGGAAGCAAAGAGCGAAUGCGUAUAGCACUAAACGACAAAGAGAGCGGGCGAGCGUGAGUAAAAGAGAGAGCUCUGCACCUCAUAAAAAUAAAACAGCACAAGCAAAGCAAAGCAAAGCCAAAGUUAAACGUGCAGCUGGCAAAAGCAGUCGCACCACAACGCAUAAAGGGAGGUACAUUUACGUGCUCAACUUAGUUCGAAUUUGGAGCGUAUAAAGUGUGGUCGAUCGGGAAAGCGCCAACGCGAUAACAUUUUCUAUUUCCAAAACGAGAACUCGCGUUCGUGGAAAGUGAAGAUGCCCCUCUUGAGCUAGCGAACUCUUUUUCACAAGUGAAUCAGCAACCACGUGUACUAGUGAUUAUUCAUACAUACGUACAUAUGUAAGAGAACAUAAUCAAAGUUUAAUAGAAGAGCAUGUGGUCGCAAAGUAAAACCAAAAUUGUGUUUGAAACUUUUGAAUACGAUCCACAUCCACGCGGUCAGUGAGAGUGAACUGAUAAAGUCAACUUGUCAUAAGUCAUAAUACAUCACAAUUAUAAAAGCUUUUAACCAAAGGAGUGCUCUAUAAAAGUUUUAUUUUUAAUUCCGGAUUCGUUGAAGAGCCAGAGUCGACAAAAUGACGCGAAUUCAAGCGGGCGACACGCUCAUUCCCCGCCAGGUGUUCGAUGUGCCAGCAGAAUCAGCCGAAGGUGGAAAAGCACGUGCCCGUAGCAACGACUCCUCGGAUACCUCCAGCCAAGGAUCGGGGGUUAAGUUAAAGAAACAAAUCGGUUUGCUCGACGGCGUUGCUAUAAUUGUGGGUGUCAUCGUUGGCUCCGGCAUUUUCGUGAGUCCCAAGGGCGUUCUUAUGUAUUCCGGAUCAAUCGGUCAAUCUUUGAUCGUCUGGGUUCUAUGCGGAGUUCUGAGCAUGGUGGGAGCCCUAUGCUAUGCAGAAUUGGGCACAAUGAUACCAAAAUCUGGCGGAGAUUAUGCCUACAUAGGAACCGCCUUUGGACCGCUGCCCGCUUUUCUUUAUCUUUGGGUGGCGUUGCUGGUUCUAGUUCCAACGGGAAAUGCGAUAACGGCCCUCACGUUCGCACAGUAUCUCCUAAAACCAUUUUGGCCCUCCUGCGAGGCACCAAUGGAGGCCGUACAGCUCCUGGCGGCUGCAAUGAUAUGCGUGCUGACUGUGAUCAACUGCUACAAUGUGAAAUGGGUUACUCGAGUGACGGACAUCUUUACAGGGACCAAGGUUGUCGCCUUGAUGGUUAUUGUCGGGGCUGGAGUCUGGUAUCUGGCAGAUGGAAACACCGAGCACUGGGAGCAGCCAUUUAGCGGGGGCCUUACGGAUGUCGGAUUCAUUGCAUUGGCAUUCUACAGUGGAUUAUUUUCAUACUCGGGCUGGAAUUAUUUAAAUUUCGUGACAGAGGAGCUGAAAGAUCCAUACCGCAAUUUGCCGCGUGCCAUUUGCAUAUCGAUGCCGGUAGUCACGGUCAUUUAUAUGGUGACUAAUGUAGCAUACUUUUCGGUGCUCUCCACUGAUGAAAUUCUUUCGUCUGAGGCGGUGGCUGUGACCUUUGGCGAUAAAAUGCUCGGCUUCUUGUCCUGGAUAAUGCCCAUUGCAGUGGCAUGCUCAACAUUCGGCUCUCUCAAUGGCGCCAUCUUUACCUCAUCUCGACUGUUCUUCGUUGGAGCACGCAACGGACACCUGCCAGCAGCCAUCUCCCUGAUAAACAUCAAUUGUCUGACCCCGGUGCCGUCAUUGAUAUUUCUGUGUGUAAUUACGCUACUGUUGUUAUUCAUUAAGGACAUUUACGUGCUCAUCAACUAUGUGAGCUUCGUGGAAGCACUCUUCACCCUAUUUUCCGUAGCUGGUCUCAUGUGGUUGCGGUAUAAACAGCCUAAGGCGGAGAGACCCAUUCGCGUCAAUCUUGCCCUACCUAUUAUCUAUCUCAUUGUUUGCCUCUUCCUGGUGAUCUCGUCUAUCUCUCAAUCUCCCACCGAGGUCGGCGUUGGCACUGUCAUCAUACUCUCCGGCAUUCCCAUCUACUAUCUAACGAUACACAACCCGGUUCAGUGGCUGGCCGACACAUCACAGGCAAUCAACAUGUGGUGCUCCAAGUUCUUCAUAUGUAUGCCAAAUCAGGAGAAGUUCGACUAAGUUUGGUUAACUCAAGUGUGCCUUCAUGUUCGAUGUACGAAUAAAUAUAUUCUAAUUAGUCUAGGCCUCAAUUAUUUUGAUGUCUAUGUAAGUCAAUUCGCAACAACUAAGCUUAGCAAUUAGGAUAAUACGUUCUAAGUAAAAAGCACAAUGGGAAUUUUCCAAUCAGAAUAAAUGUUAGUGUAAAUAUUUACAUACAAUUAAUUUCAACUGAUUGUACACAAGUCAAUAAUAUUAACGUGUAUAAUGUAAUAUUUUUGUAUAUUUAAAUAUCAGUUCCUCAGCGCUUAAGCACAAUACCCAAGCAUACAAGAGACAUCUUUAUACAAAUAAAUAUAUAUUU